AUGCUGAAACAAUUAUUUGUUCAAAAAAUAACCUCAAGUCCGAAUGCAAUGGGCAAUUCUUUCGGUUCACCACCAUCCACAACACAAUUACAACCAAAAAACUAUUGGACCACUCCGAGAUGGUGGUUUCGAAGAAUGACUGAAAAAGUAUUGGAUAAACGUCGAACAGAAGCACAUUCUGUUUCCGAACUUCGAGUUUCGGACCAAGAAAUGGACAUGAUGAUGAAAAAAUUGAGAAGUAAAACCUAUUUGACUCCGUCCAUGGGUGGUAAAUAUCUUGGUUUGGCAAUGAUUUCGCUUUUUGUUGUGUGUGCAGUUUUUACAACUUUGGAUUUUCGAAGAUAUGAAGAAUAUAUUGCUGCUCUAAAACUGGAGAACUCAGCCAAAGCUAGUGGUAAACUUGAACGGUUAACGGCUGACACGCAUCAAAAUAGUCAGCAUCAAAGACCAAGAUCGCCACAAGACUUUAGAAGAUGA